AGAGGGAGCGCGUUAAGGCUGAGGUGGCCGAAUGCUCCGCGCAUGCGUGUUAGAGCAGCGCCACGUGGUGCGGAAGCUUGAGUGUGGGGGACGUCAUCAUGGCAGGCGCGGAUGCUGAAACGAAAACGAGGGAGGGCGAGGAGCGGGGCGGCCCGGCCGUUUUCUUUCUACACCCGGAUCUGGGCAUCGGAGGGGCGGAGCGGCUGGUUGUGGACGCGGCGCUAGCGCUUCGCUCGCGGGGCUGCCGCGUGCAGAUCUGGACGCCCCGCUACGACCCCGCGCGUUGCUUCUCGGAAACGCGCCAGCUCGACGUGCGGACCACGGGCGGCUGGUUGCCCCGGAGCAUCCUGGGAAGGGGGCACGCGCUCUGUGCUGCCCUGCGCAUGGUGUGGCUGGCUCUGCACGUGCUGCUGCUCAGCGGGGAGGAGUUCGACGUCUUUUUCUGCGAUCAGGUGUCUGCAUGCAUUCCAAUUCUUCGUCUAGCCCGGACCCAUAAGAAAGUUUUGUUUUACUGUCACUUCCCUGAUCAGCUUCUGACCCAGAGGAAAUCAUUUAUUAAACGGAUCUACAGAAAACCACUGGAUUGGUUGGAGGAGUACACUACUGGCAUGGCUGACUGUAUUCUUGUCAACAGUUGUUUCACAGCAAAUGUUUUCAAAGAAACCUUCAAAACCUUGUCUCAUGUGAAUCCAGACGUAUUAUACCCUUCCUUAAAUUUUAGUAGAUUUGAUACUGUUUUUUCUGCAGACGCAUCCAGCAUAGUCCCCAACAGCAAGAAAUUUUUGUUUCUUUCCAUCAAUAGGUAUGAAAGGAAGAAAGAUCUGGUAUUGGCUUUAAAAGCUCUACAUGACCUUCGUGGUAGACUUAACGCUCAAGAGUGGAGUGAAGUUCAUAUGGUUUUGGCUGGUGGUUAUGAUGAAGCAGUUCAAGAAAAUGUAGAAUAUUAUGAAGAAUUAAAAGCUGUUGCUGCUAAGCUUAAUAUUGUUGAGCAGGUCACGUUCCUGAGAUCUUUCUCUGAUGAACAGAAAAUAGCCCUCCUCAGUAGCUGCCUAUGUGUGCUAUAUACACCGAGUAAUGAACACUUUGGCAUUGUUCCUUUAGAGGCCAUGUACAUGAAAUGCCCAGUCAUUGCAGUAAAUUCAGGGGGACCUUUGGAAUCGAUUGUAAAUAAUGAGACAGGAUUCUUGUGCGAUCCUCUUCCCACCCAGUUUUCAGAGGUCAUGGAGAAAUUUGUAAAAGACCCUGCCUUAAAGAAGAGGAUGGGGACUGCAGGGAGAACCAGAGUUCUAGAGAAGUUUUCAUCACAAGCAUUCACUGAAAAGUUGUAUCAGCAUAUUUGUAGUUUGACACAAUAAAUUGAUUCUCCAUUGUACAGCUUA